AUGCGCUCUAUCUUGUCUCUACUCUUACUCAUCGCUCAUGUCACUAGUAACGACCUCAAUCAGAUGUUGAGCCCACAAUGCUUCAAUGAAACGAAGACGAUCAAUGAUGACUCAUCGUUCGAGAUGGCAAACAGAAACAUGGCGACUACAAUUUCAACGCUCGAUCAAACGUCGUUCUGUAAAGUCGACACCAACACAAACCCAGAUGUCACGACAAUUUUCUGCAAUAUCUAUUACAAUAGCGACAUUCCGAACACAAUCGAAGAGGAGUGUGGGAAGCUAGGAGGUCAUUACGAGGAAGUCGGCAUUUUCUUCGACUGUAACCUAGCAGCCAAUAGCCAGACAGGAGCCAACGCAGCGCGAUUAUUUUCAACGCACCACGAGGUCCCAACAUGCACAGGGGCAAGCUGUACAGCAACUGAGUUGGCAAAGUACAGUGAACAAUACUUCGAAGAUUUGGAGACUCUAUACCAAUCAUACAAUUGCGACAUUUCAUACUCUGAUCCAUUGGACAGCUCUGCAUCUUGCAGAGACAUUUUGAAAGCUCUUUUGAUUCUUCUAUUUUGCUUUGUGACUCUCCUGUGA